AUGCGCGCCGUCUUCGUCAUCAUCUCCCUCCUCGCCGCCACCGUCGCCGCCCGCUUCGAUGGCCCUUGCACCGACACCAUCUGCGGCGACUCCAAGGUCAACUGCGAGGCUGAGGGCCGCAUCUGCCGCCUCGGAUGCACUUGCAGCAUUGUCUAA